AUGUCGAAGUUGCUGCAGAAGGUUGCCAUCGGUGCGAUGGCUGCCGGCCUUAGCGUGUACAGCUGCUGCUUUGUGGUCUACCCUGGUGAGGCGUGCAUUCUAUACAACAAGAUUAGCGGACUGAAGGACUCCGUGUACGGCGAAGGCCUUCAGGGGCGCAUCAUCGGCCUGGACGAAAUCUUGCGCUUCAACGUGCGGGUGCGCCCGCGCACGCUGCACACAAUGACCGGCACAAAGGAUCUGCAGAUGGUGAACGUGCGGCUGCGCGUGCUUUUCCGUCCCAUGGCUGACCGCCUCCCGCAGAUCUACCGCACCUUCGGUCUCGACUACGACGAGCGCAUCCUGCCCUCUGUCAGCAACGAAAUCCUGAAGGCGGUUGUGGCGGAGUACAAGGCGGAGGAACUCAUCCAGAAGCGCGACGCCGUCUCCGCGCGCAUUUACCAGCUCAUGCAGGAGAAGGUGAAUCAGUUCGGUCUCAUCAUCGAAGACCUCUCGCUGGUAGACAUCCAGUUUGGCGCUGACUUUAUGACGGCGGUGGAGCAGAAGCAGGUGGCCCAGCAGGAAGCAGAGCGCUACCGCUAUGUUGUGAUGGAGAAUGAGCAGAAGCGGCGUGCUGCCGUGGUGCGCGCCGAGGGUGAGGCGGAGUCGGCGCGGCUCAUUUCGGAGGCCAUUCAGAAAUCCGGCUCCGGCCUGCUGGAGCUGCGCCGCAUUGAGGCAGCGGUGGAGGUGGCCAACCAGAUCGUGCCCAUGCAGAACGUCACGUUCGUACCGAAAGACGCGAACAUGCUGAUGAACAUGUCGAGGUGA